AUGAUUUGCCUGGUUCUGCACUGUGGUUUCCUGCUUCAUGCCAUUGAAACAUCCAUCACCGUUUAUUAUAUAACCUUACCUCUCGCCAGUUCACAGGGACAUUUCCCAAGUCUUGAAAAUGUGGGUGCUUUCAAGAACAUUUCCACUGUGCCAACCCAAGCUACCUGUGGACUGCCAGAAAGGAGUACUUUUUGUCAAAGUUCAGCUGUUGUUGAAAGUAUUAACUUCUGUAUUCGGCAAUUUUGCAUUCAGAAGUGUCCGUAUAGAUCAUCUCCUGCUUCCUAUGCUGCCAUUCUCUCAGAAGGCCUGGGCAAUGUUAUCCAGCAAGAUCAAAAUGAUGUGCCUCCUGGAUCUUUUAGCAACACAAGUAUUAUUUUUCAUGGUGAAAAGGAUUGUUUUUCCACUCCUCGUCCUCGGAAGCUUGCUAUUUCAUUUACUUUAACUGUAUGGUUGAAACCUGAGAAAGAAGGUGUAAUGUGUAUGGUGGAGAAAAUUGUUCAUGGGCAGACUGUGUUCAAGCUUACAAUUUCUGAGAAAGAGACAGUGUUUUAUUAUCACACUAUAAAUGGGCUGCAGCUACCGAUAAAAGUAAUGACACUGGGGAGAAUUCUGGUGAAGAAAUGGAAUCAUCUUAGCGUGCAGGUUCAUCACAACAGAAUUAGUUUCUUUAUAAAUGGUUUGGAAGAUGACGAUACAGCCUUUGAUUCCAGAAUUCUCACAGGGCUAAUAGCAGAUCCAUCUGUUGGUGGUGUAUGGAGAAUUGGGCAAAAUUUAAACGGUUCAGAGCAAUUUGUCGGGAGGAUGCAAGAUUUCAGAUUGUACCAAAUGGCCCUUACAAACAGAGACAUUUUUGAAAUAUGGUCUGGAAAAUUUCCUCAACUUCGUAUUCAAUCAGAAUGUCGCUGUCCUGGAAGUCACCCAAGGGUACAUCCUUUGGUUCAGAGGUAUUGCAUUCCUAAUGGUGCAGACGACACAACUAAUGACAGAGUGCUCAGACUAAACCCUGAAGCUCACCCUUUAAGCUAUAUCAAUGAUAAUGAUAUUGGAACUACAUGGAUUUCAUCUAUAUUUAGCACCACUGAACAUCUACGUCAUGGAGUAACCAUCACCAUUGACUUAGAAAAUGGACAGUUCCAGGUGUUUUAUGUUAUAAUCCAGUUCUUCAGCCCUCAGCCUGAAGCAAUCCGAAUACGAAGAAAAAAGCAACCUUCAAUUGGUUGGGAAGACUGGCAGUACUUUGCAAGGGACUGUAGUGUAUUUGGAAUGGAGAAUAACGGAUCACUGCAAUAUCCAGAUUCUGUAAACUGCCUACAGCUUCCUAGCCAUACUCCAUAUUCCAGUGGAAAUAUUACUUUCAGUGUUCUUAGUCCGGAACCAAAUCAUCGGCCAGGAUAUAAUGAUUUCUACAAUACACCAUUACUUCAAGAGUUUGUCAAAGUCUCAAAAAUUAAGAUUCAUCUAUUUGACCAGUAUCACACUACUAUGCCCUGGGUUAAUUUUGGACAUAGAUACUAUGGAAUUGAUGAAAUUACAAUCAGUGGGAGAUGUAAUUGCUUUGGCCAUGCUGAUCAUUGUGACACAAGUCAUAGUCCAUACAAAUGUCUCUGCUCCAAGGAAAGCUACACAGAAGGCAACAAUUGUGAUCGCUGUCAGCCACUGUACAAUGACAAGCCAUUCCAUCCAGGAGAUCAAGUUCAUGCUUAUAAUUGCAAACCUUGUCAAUGUUUUAGCCAUGCUGUAAGCUGUCAUUACAACAGGACAAUAGAUUACUUUCCUAAUGAAUAUUAUAGAGGUGGUGGUGGAGUCUGUGAUAAUUGUCAACAUAACACCUCAGGAAGAAAUUGUGAGUUGUGUAAUGAUUUCUUCUAUCGGCAUAUAGAUGCAGAUCUCUCAGCUUUGGAUGUUUGUAAACCCUGUGAAUGUUAUUCAGCAGGCACCAAAAAUGGCAGUUGCCUUUGCAAUAAGAUUGGAGGAAAAUGUAAUUGCAAAAGACAUGUGUCUGGUAGACAAUGCAAUCAAUGCCAGGAAGGAUUUUACAAUCUGCAAAAGUUCAACCCUGAUGGCUGCAGCCCUUGUAGCUGUAAUGCCUCUGGGACAGUUGAUGGAGAUACUACCUGUCACCAAAAUUCAGGCCAGUGCAAGUGCAAAGAAAAUGUUAUUGGUCUCAGGUGUGAUCAGUGCAAGUCUGGAUAUAAAGUCAUCCAAAAUAUUAAGCAAGAUGGGUGUGAGCCUUGCCUGUGUAACAUCCAUGGUUCCAUGAACAAUGUGUGUAAUCCUUCCACUGGACAGUGCACUUGUAAGCAAGGGGUUAAAGGAACUCAUUGUGAGACUUGCAUUGAUGGCUUUUAUUGGAUGGAUGCUUUUGGCUGUAAACCUUGUAGUUGUCAAAUAGCAGGAUCGGUUUCUGAUACAUUGUGUGAUCCCAAAACUGGACAGUGUAUUUGCAAGCCUAACUUUGGUGGAAGGCAAUGUGAUGAUUGCUUAAAUGGGUAUUAUAAAGAAUGGCAAAACACUGCUUUGUCCUGUGUGCCAUGUAACUGUGAUAAGUCUGGCUCUGUAAAUGGCUCUUUAGUGUGUGACAAAUUGACAGGACAGUGUCCUUGCAAAUCUGGUGUCAAAGCUCUUCAGUGCAAUCAGUGCAGGCCCUAUAUGUAUAACCUUACUGCUCAAAAUAUUCUUGGCUGCAUGCCUUGUGAUUGUGAUCCUCUAGGGACACUUCCAGGAACAGCAUGUGACCAAACCAGUGGACAAUGUAUUUGCCAGCCUCACCGCCAUGGAAGAAGAUGUGAAAAGUGUAAGCCAGGUUUUUAUAUUUCUGCACAAGGUGAGAGUAGCUGCCUUCCCUGUUUGUGCCAUCCAAGCGGCUCAAUCAGCAAUAUUUGUGACACUCUCACCGGCCAGUGUGUUUGCCAUGAUUCUUCUGUAUCUGGAAUGAAAUGUGACCACUGCAGUGACAACUAUUUUGGAUUCAACUCAGAAACUGGGAAAUGUCAGCAUUGUAAUUGUCAUCCUGCUGGAGCUAUUAAUUGGACUUGUCAUUCCAUUACUGGACAAUGUUUGUGUAAACAAUUUGCAGCUGGCUUAAAAUGUGACAACUGUGUUCCCAAUGCUAGCAAUUUGGAUGUCCACAACCCAUUUGGCUGCAGUAAAACUCCUUCCCAGCAGCCUCCCCCCAAAGGGCAGACUGUAAAUUCCUCAGUUAUCAGAGUCACUUGGAAUCCACCAGAUUCUCCCAAUUCAAAUUGGCUUGCUUACAAACUAUACAGAAAUGGGAGUCAGAUCUACACAACAGAGGAUUACCUUCCUUACAGCCUCCAGGUCUUUGUUGAUAGCAAUUUACUUCCGUAUACUUUGUAUACAUAUCACCUUGAAGCAAGCAACAUCCACGGAUUUACAAGAAGUAUUGAGUUGACCUACAGAACACAACCUGGGAUACCUCUAGGAAAUCUGCAUUUAAAUCCAGUCUUUCCUGUUGGGCCAUAUUCUAUUUCUUUUAACUGGACAGCCUUAUCAAAUGACACUGGUCCAAUAGAGAAAUAUAUUUUGACAUGCAUUUCUUCAUUUGAACACCAGUCUUGUGGCCAGCAUGAAAGCUUGGGAACCUCUAUAACUGUCUGGAAUUUAGUUCCAUUUAAAAAAUACAGCUUUUAUGUUCAAGCGUGUACUAGUGGAGGCUGUUUGCUAAGCCAGCAACUGUCAAUAAUUACUGCACAAGCUCCUCCUGAGGAGCAGCUACCUCCGGUCAUACGAAAUAUCAGCUCUACUGAAUUGGCUGUAGAAUGGGUCCCACCCAGGAAAACCAAUGGUGUAAUUAUUAGGUAUGAAUUAUAUAUGAAAGGAGGUGUACAAUCCAAUGGAAGUCAUGUGCCCCCUGAGAACUGUAUUUUCCAAACCAGUGGAUGGUUCGAUCUUCAUCCAGCGGAAGAAUCUCUAGAUGAUAAAGCUUUGAUGCCACUUGUAACUAGUACUGUUGUCACUGAUUUGGAGCCAUUCACAGACUAUGAGUUCUGUGUUUUAUCAGCCAAUAUGGCUGGCAGCACAUUUUCAAAUUGGACAUUGCAAAGAACAGCAGAGGCAGCUCCUGUAUUCAUGCCACUUCCAUCAGUAUUCCCUCUUUCACCAUAUUCUCUGAAUGUGUCUUGGGAAAAGCCGGGAGAUAAUGAAGCAAGAGGAGAAGUGAUGGGGUAUAGCGUCAAUGUAAUUACCGAACAAAAAGUAUUGCCAAUGUUUUCUCAGACUUUGUAUGUUGCUGAAGCCCAUGAGCAAUCCUAUGUAGCGAUUGGACUGGAACCAUACAGAAUGUACUCGUUUACCAUUACUCUCUGCAAUCGAAUUGGAUGUGUCGACAGUAAGCCCGGAAUUGGACAAACGUUAGCUGCUGCUCCAGUUCAGCUAAUAGCACCUAACACUGAAGGAAUUAACAGCACUGUAAUAAAGAUAACUUGGUAUGAGCCUGAAGAACUUAAUGGACCUCCUCCAGUUUAUCAACUGGAAAGAAUAGAUAUAUCCUUAGCAACAUCAGAUGUAAAUGUAAAGAAAGGAACCCGUUUCCCAGGAAAUGGGUAUUACAAGUUUCCAAAUUCUAUGUUGCCUACAAACACCUACUUUACAGGUAUUAAAAUAAGCUUUAAAACUGCAGAACUCGAUGGCCUACUUUUUCUCUCUAUGUCACUUGGUAAUCAAGAAGAAUUCAUUGUCCUUCAGUUAAGAAAAGGCCGUCCUUACUUUCUCUUUGAUCCACAGGGUUCUGCUAUUGCUGUAACUCCAGUAAAUGAUGGUGGAAGGAAAUAUAAUGAUAACAAUUGGCAUCAUCUGAGUGCAAUAAGAAAUCAAGCCUUCGGAAAAAUCAUUAUAGAUGGACAAUUCUCAGGUUCCUCAUCAGCUACAAGUGGUAGUAUCAUUAUAGGAGAAAAUACAGGCAUUUUUGUUGGAGGACUUCCACAAGACUUUAUAAUUGAAAGAAAAGAUAUAGUCACAAAAGGAUUUGUGGGGUGUCUCCGUGAUAUCUUCUUGCAAAAGAUGCGUCAUCCCUAUGAAGUCUGGGAACCUUUAAAAUGGGAAAAAGCAUUAGAGCAAAGGAAUGCUUAUCACAGUUGGGAAGGUUGUCCUACUAGCCUUGAAGAUGGAGCACAUUUUCUUGGGGAAGGUUUCCUAGAACUCCAUUCAAAUAUUUUUCAUGGUGGCAUGGAUUUUGAGAUCUCAUUUAUGUUUAAAACAGAUCAAUUCAGUGGAUUACUUCUGUUCAUUUACAACAAAGAUGGCCCUGAUUACAUUGCUGUAGAACUGAAAAGUGGAAGUCUGAUUUUCCUACUAAAUAAUGGCAUUGUCUCCACACAUGUCAAUCUCUGGUUAGGAUUGUCUUACUGUGAUGGAAACUGGAAUAAAAUUAUUUUGUCAAAAAGAGGACCAGUAGCUUCAGCAAGGAUGAAUGAAUGGACAGACCAUGUGAUGGAACCUGAUUUGGAGCAGCUAUUUGUAAACUCCCCAGUCUACCUUGGAGGGACUCCAGUUGAGGUCCAGGGAACAUUUAAAGAACUGGGCUUAGAACAGGGUUUUGGAGGCUGCAUGAAGGAUGUUAAAUUUACACGAAGUGCUGUCGUUAACUUGGCAUCUGUGUCCAGCAGUGCUGUCAGAGUCAAUCUGGAUGGAUGCCUAUCAACUGACAGUGCUGUAAACUGCAGGGGAAAUGACUCCAUCUUAGUGUAUCAAGGAAAAAAGAAACAUGUAUAUGAUAAUGGCCUGCAACCAUUUACAGAAUAUUUAUAUCGGGUAAUUGCUUCUAAUGAAGGAGGAUCUGUAUCUAGUGCCUGGAGCCGUAGCCGCACAAGAGAAUCAGUACCACAAAACGUGCUGACUCUCUCAAGAAUUCACAGCAUAAAUGGCUACAACAUUGAAGUUACAUGGGAUGAACCAGUUGGGGUCAAAGGUGUAAUUGAAAAGUAUAUUUUGAAAGCUUCCAGUGAAGAUGGUUCCAACAUAUCUAUUGUCAGUACAGAGAUUUCUAAUACUAGUUCAUGUACAGGUCUGCUGACAGGUUUGCGUCCCUUUGCAAACUAUGCUGUAACCCUAAUGGCUUGCACUUUGGCAGGCUGUACAGAGAGCUCACAUGCCUUGAACAUCUCCACUCCACAAGAAGAUUUAAAAGUUUUUACACCAUACCACUUUUUAAUCUCUGCUUGCACAAUGGUUGGCUGCAAAAACAGUACCCAGAUCACAGUGCUUACAACGGAUCUCCCCCCAGUUCACGUGGAUGUGCCAGUCCUGAUAAUUUUGGAUUCUAGAACAGUAGAAGCACAGUGGGAUAUUCCAAAGGAAGUAAAUGGACUGGUAUAUAGCUAUAUCCUGUACAUUGCCAAGAAAGAGAAAAAAUCUAUAGUUUGGGAUGCAAUUUAUAACUCUACAGAUCUUUUUCAGAACUAUACUAUAGAAGACCUUUCCCCUGGUACUGAAUACUUCAUCAAGUUAGCA